AGUGCUGUCUUGUCAGACUACUCUCUCUCUCUCUCCUUCUCCUUCUCCUUCUUCUCCUUCUUACAAAACCCUCCAAUCACUAUUCUAAUACUCGAAAGCAAUUUUAUUCAUUCUCUCUCUUCGUAUGUGUAGAGUCGCCGAGUCGGAGUCAAACACGACAUCGUUUCAAGGGUUGAAAUUGCAACCUUUUGAUUGGUCUCACUUCUCUCUGCCCAACCAAAAACAACAUUUGAUGAUAUAAAGAAUCUAAGUUUGUACACACAAAUCUUCUUUCGUUUAUUUUUUUAAUAAAGAAAAUGUAUCCAACGAGCUAUUACCGAUCACCGUUCGGAGACACGACUUACACCAAAGUGUUCGUUGGAGGAUUAGCAUGGGAAACUCCCACCGAAGAAAUGCGUCGUUACUUUGAUCAGUUUGGAGAGAUUCUUGAAGCCGUCAUCAUCACUGAUAAGAACACCGGAAAAUCUAAAGGCUACGGUUUCGUGACGUUCCAGGAGGCUGAUUCUGCGACCAGAGCCGUGGCAGAUCCUAAUCCAGUGAUCGACGGGAGAAAAGCCAAUUGUAAUAUUGCUUCUUUUGGACGGCCUCGACCAUCUCCACCUAGAGGCCGAGGACAAAAAGGAAGUCCGAGUCAGUACCAAAGUGGAGGACCAUCAGCCUAUACGGGGAUGGCUGCACCGCUGCCACCGGCUUCAGCUGCCCACCAGCUCAUGUAUCCUUCCUAUGGGUACACCUAUAACCCUGAUCAAUUCCGGUACCACCAAGCAAUGUACAACACACAGUUGCAACAAGCACAGUACUAUCAACAGCAGCAACAACUAUAUGGAGGAGGAGCAACAUCACCAUCAGCAGCAACCAUAAUGGCUUCUCCUUACUAUUACGGUUGUUCUCUUCCAGCUUCUAGAAUGCCAUACCAACACCAUCAUCCUCAUCUUCCUCAACCGUAUAACCCUCAACAACAACAACAACAACAGCAUCAACGGUUUACUUCUCCUUCUUUCCUCGUUUACCCAUCCAGUUCACCUUUUUCAUCUCCUCUCCAAGGAUUACUCUCUUCUACCGAAGAAUCUGAAGCACCCCAACAAGUGUCAGCAAAAGUUGAAGCAACAACUACACCUGAAAGUACAUCCAGCAACAACAAAGAACCAACUUCUUCUUGAUCUUUUUCAUUUCCCCAAUUUGUACGAUCUUCACAUUUGUCUCUCUUAAAAGAUUCAAAAAAGAGAAGAAAAGAAAAGAAAACAGCUAAUUUCUUUUUCAAAAAAAAAGAACAAAACAGCUAAUUCAUUUAUUUCUCCAGAGCUAUGACUUGAGACCCAAAAAAGUCUCUCUUUAUAAUACUCGUGUCAUAGUUUUUCUCUGUUAUUUUUUUCCGACAGAAUCUAUAUGUAAA